CCACCGGGCGUGACUGCAAUCGCUCUCGUUAGCCAUGGUACUAUGCGCUGUAUUUGGGUGCUCGAACCGCAGCAAAACGAAGAAGAGACGGCAGUCGGCGAACACAAAUCUAUUUCGCUUGCCAAAGGUCGUGCACAAUCAGUGCGACCGCACGAGAACACUCAGUGCGAAGCGGCGCAGUGUGUGGCUGGCACGUAUCAGACGCGCCGAUCUCGACACCAACCGUGCCGAUAUCCGAGUCUGCGGCGCUCAUUUCGUGUCAGGCAGGCCAUCAAAGCUGUGGGAGGAGACGAAUCCCGAUUGGGCACCGUCGCUUCUGCUCGGAUACGGCUUGCUUCAUGCAGACCCUGCGCGCUACGACCGCGCGAAAAGACGGCGCUUGCAGAAAGAUGAAGCUGAUGCGGCGUCAGCGGCAGUGUCGGCGGCAAUCGCAGAGUCGAUCGGCACCGAUACCGGCGACGCAGUGGAAGGCCAGCCACCACCGGGAGACGAAGACGAAAGCGGUACCGAAGAAAAUGCGCCUGGAGUCGCUGCGCAGACGGAGCUAACCUCGGUGGGCCUCCAAGCUUUGGAAACGGAGUGUCUCGCGCUCAACGAGGCCCUUUACGCUGCCCGGAGCGAAAACGAGCAGCUGCAGCUGUCAAAAGCAGCAUUUCAAGGUUAUGCAUGA